CUGCAUAAACUCCCUGAUGUCCGCUAUGAAUUGGCCCACUGUUUGUGUUGGAUCGCCCGUGCCGCGGACGGGGCGCACUAUCUUCACAACUGUUGUCAACCAGCCAUUGUGCAUGGGGAUUUGAAACCGGCCAAUAUGCUACUGUUUAACGCUGGCCUGAAUCUGAAGCUGACCGAUUUUGGCUCCGCUCGAUCACUGGACUCGGGUGAAUCUCGUCGCCCGGGCACCCUAAUCUAUACUGCGCCGGAAAUCUCGUGCGUACGUGAAGGUAUGGCACUGGAAUAUACGGAAAAGAGUGAUGUCUAUUCGUUGGCUAUCUCCCUCUGGGAAGUCCUGGCCCGUCAGCGACCGUAUGCGAAUUCAACGAGAAGGUGCAAAUUUUCCAUCUUCUGGGAUCUAUAUCGCCGACGUCCGACUCCGUUGCGCGAAUGUCCUCCGUUGUUAUCCAAACUACUCGAACAAGGUUGGAAUGAAGAUCCACUAAAACGACCAACCAUGUGCCAAAUCUCUGCUGUGUUAGACGGGAUUGUUGAUUUGAUUCCUCAACUGAAACACAGCCUCCAGCCAUUGAAUAUCCCUUCGGAGUUGCCCCAGGAUGACGACGACUUGUCCAUGGGAAAUAAAUCGGAUGUAGACAAUGGGAACUCUGCAUUUGUUCACGAGCCAUCCCCUUCUGCUUGUACAACGAUCGAUCAACCAGGUGACUUACCUAUUUCGGAUCUUCGUUCCGAUGAGCAGUUGGAACCGAUGCCAAUCGAGUGUCUGAAUCUCAAUUCGUCGGACGAGGCAAGACCGAAACGACCGGGGAAAACUGACGAACCUCUGAGUAUUUUGUGCAACUGGGACGGGGAAUGA